AUGGGUUUCAUUGAGAAGUUGCAAGCAAAGAUCGAGCUCUACAGGCUAGAGCAGCGCUAUGCUCGUCGCAAGCACCGCAGCACUUUCUCCGGUGUUCAGUACGUCGACGGCGAAUAUGUCUACUCCAACGGAUCGAGCUCGCCCACAGGAACUGUCUCCAAGCAUUCCACAGGCAGCUACUGGAAGGCUUCAACCUGGGGUGGCUCCGGUACCACCGAGUCGCGAUGGCGCUGA